GACGGCGUGCUGCCGCUCUCAUAUCGCGUGGUCACACGAGACAGCGAGAAGCAAGAUGCGCUGCACCUGGUGGCCGAUAGCAUUGCGCAGCAACGCCAAACUGCCUCUGCCGCCAUCAUCUUCAACCCCCUCUGCCUCGCAGGCUUGGUAGCGACGUGCGCCGGCGUAUAUCGCCAAUACCAGUACGCCGGCUAUGGCACCGUGUUGACGAUGCUUUGUGGCGUCGUCAUCGUAUAUCUGUCCUUUGUUCGAUUUUAUACGUCGAGGUACCUUGAGCAGGCGGAGAAAUUUCGCUGGAAGGAAUGGAUCACCGGCCCCGAUGGCAAGGAGGAUGUCAUCAUUUCGGCCUUUUUUGGCGAAGAAUCAAUCGGCACUCUCGUUCUCAGACUGAAGGGAGACAAGUUAAAUAAGAAGAAGGGUUCUGCGCAGGCCAGCACAGAUGGCCAAGGCAUCAUCCGCGCCUGGACCACCAAGCUGCGAUACCGAGGAAAGGGAGUUGGCUCAGAUCUGCUGCACUUUGCAGUCCAAACGACAUAUCGCGCAUUUGGCUCGAGCGCCAGCGUAGAGUUUGCCGCAGACCAUGCAAACAGCUCCAACCCUCUUCCUGACAUGUUUCUCCGACCCUUCAAGAAGCGCCAGGAAAAGGCAGGCAAGGCGUUGAAGCAAGCUUUGGAGGAC